AUGGAGAUGAUGACUGAGAAACAGAGAGAUCCUAGGUGUUUCUGGAACAAUACUCCUGAAAAAAGCGAUUAUGAGGCUGUAGAAGCCCUCAUUUCUAUGAGCUGCAACUGGAAAUCAGACUUCAAAAAACAUGCAGAAAUGAGACCUAUAACUCCAGCAUCUGAUAUGUCAGAAGAGAGCGACGAGACUUUGCUUCCUGGAGCAGCGGACUUUAAUGCGAUACCAGCAUUUUGCCUGACCCCCCCCUACAGCCCUUCCGACUCGGAGAUGUCGCAGGUGGUCCAUCCGGGGACACCGGUGCCGGCCGCAGCGCUCGGCAAGUCGCUGGCUCAAGCGGCGGGCGUUACCCGCCACACGGCCGAUGCCCAGCUUUGUAAUCGCAAAACCUGCCCGGUGAGAACAGCCAGCGUGCUGAAAUACCAGGACAGCGUUUCGAGGGAAACAAACAGUAAACAAAGCGCCGAAGCAGAGCAUUCGCUGUGUUCCGCCGUGGCGCCCAGCAGAGCCAGCGAUGAGAGCGGCGAACUGCCGGCGGCAGAGGGAAAAACCGCAGAACCAGCUGUCAGUCCGGUGCCCUUGACGAAGCCCUCGGUCAGCAGACGUCAGCCCGUCCCCGGGUCGGCGCAGCAGUCGGCGGCGGUGGCACCGCCGUGCUCUGCCCAAGGCAGCGGAGCUCCCCCCGUGCCAGUGAUUUGCCAGAUGGUCCCGCUGCCCGCGAACAACAACGUCGUGACGGCCGUAGUGCCCAGCACCACGCCGAGCCAGCAGCCGGCCCUCUGUCAGCCCAUGGUCUUCAUGGGCACCCAAGUUCCCAAAGGUGCUGUUAUGUUUGUUGUGCCCCAGCCGGUUGUGCAGAGCACAAAGGCUCCCAUUGUUAGUCCGAACGGCACGAGACUCUCUCCCAUUGCCCCUGCUCCCGGCUUCGUGCCUUCUGCGGCAAAAACCACUCCACCGGUUGAUUCUUCAAGAAUAAGAAGUCACAUUUGCAGCUACCCAGGGUGCGGGAAGACGUACUUCAAGAGCUCCCAUCUGAAGGCUCACGUCAGAACGCACACAGGAGAAAAGCCGUUUAGUUGUAGUUGGAAAGGCUGUGAGAGGAGGUUUGCACGGUCUGAUGAACUGUCUCGCCAUCGCAGAACGCACACCGGGGAGAAGAAGUUUGCCUGCCCGAUGUGCGAGCGGCGGUUCAUGAGGAGCGACCACUUAACGAAACAUGCGCGCCGCCACUUAUCGGCUAAGAAAUUGCCAAACUGGCAAAUGGAAGUGAGCAAGUUAAACGAUAUUGCCGUGCCGCCGGCAUCUGCGACCGCGCAGUGA